UGCGUGUGCGUGCUGUGGCCAUGUUGUUGAUUUGAUCAGCGCUGUCUUGGUCGAUGAUUCUCUAGCAGCUAAAUGCAAAUACAUUAUUUUAUAUCAGUUUAAUUUAAAUUCUCAUUUUUUACUAUGAUUUUACAGCAGUUUAUUUCUCAUCUACUGGAUGUAAAUCUCUGUGUUAUUGAAGUUAUUGAGGCGAUGAAGAGGCGCGUUUAUUGACAAACUCUGACAGCUUUUAAUGUAAACGAUCGAGGAUCGUAUAGAAAAUCCGAUCGAUGUUAAAAAGUGUUUUCUGUUUGAGACGCGGACAUUAUAAUAUUGACUCGUGUCUUAGCAUUAGCGUUAGCAGCUGGCUGACAGACACAUACACAAAUAAGAUGAUGUAUGACUGACUGUCAGUGAUGUGAAAUGAAAGCUUCAUGUUAGUGCAGAUAUUAUAGAAAAACACGCGGAAUAUAUCAUCAUCAUCAUCAUCAUCAUCAUCAUGGCAAACGUGUCUGAUCUGCAGACUAAAUACAGUAAACUGGCUCAAGAAUAUUCAAAGCUCCGGGCUCAGAAUCAGGUGCUGAAGAAGGCUGUGGUAGACGAACAGACAUCCUCCAACUCAUUAAAGGAUGAGCUGAAGCAGAAAGAACAAAGUUUACGAAAAGUGCAUCAGGAAAUGGACAGCCUGAGCUUCAGAAACCAACAACUGACCAAAAGAGUGGAGCUCCUGCAGGAGGAGUUACUAACGUCAGAGAAUAAAAACAAGAGGAGUAAAAAUAAAGGAGAUUCCCCAUCACAAAUGAAUCUGCAGACACAGAGUGUGUUUGAUGAAGAUCUGCAGAAGAAGAUUCAGGAAAAUGAAAGGCUUCACAUUCAGUUCUAUGAAGCAGAUGAGCAGUAUCGUCGACAGGAGGCUCAUCUGAAAGCUCAACUUCAUCAGCUGCAGAAAGAGUCUGAACAACAUCAGGCUGUUGUGGAAGCCCUAACCAACAAAUACACAGAAAGCAUGGAGAAACUCCAGAGCGACAAAGCCCAUCUAGAGGUGAAAGUUCAAACCCUGGAAAGAGAAGCCAAAGACUGCCGAAUCAGAACUGAGGAGUGUCAGCAGCAGCUGAGGAAAUAUCAGACUGAACUGAGCGGUCAGUUAAAGCACAGCAGCAGGGUCAUUCAGGAGAAAGUGCCCUUCAACGACACCCAGCGGAGCGACUACAAUAGUCUGAAUGUUCCCAUCCACAACAGACGACAUCAGCUGAAAGCUCGUGAUGUCAGUGCUCAGGCGCAGGGUUUUGUUCAGUGUCUGGUGUCCGCCCUGCUCAACUUUCACUCUUACACUGAACAGAGGGUCCACAUUUACCCGCUGGACUCGUCCAUUGAAGCCAUCUCACCCGUCAACCAGAAGUUCUCUCAGUAUCUGCAUGAGAAUGCAUCAUAUCUGCGGCCGCUGGAGGAGGACUUACUACACUUACAUGACAGUAUUACAGAGGACGCCAUCACAACGCUGGAGACUGUGGGAAAACUGCAGGAUUUCUCCACAUCAUUCUCAGCCUACAGCAGUUUUCUCAAGAAGAUUCUUCCCUAUCAGCUCACAAGUCUGGAAGAGGAAUGCGAUGCUCCUCUCUGCACGUCAGCGCUGAAGGCCAAGAACCGCGAGAUACAGAACGACAUGAAGAGACUGACGGCCGUCUUUGACAAACUCAAGUCUUACGUCAGCCUGUUAGCCGUCCCGAGCCUUCGUUUGGAUGCCAUGUGUCAAAGCAGCGCUAACGCCGUCUUCACCCAGUUGAGCGCAGGCUUACACGGCCUGCAUGACGUAACCAGAGAGUUGUCUCAGCACUACAGUCAGAAGGUUUGUGUGGAGCAGGAUCUGCCGAGCGUCACGCAGAAAUUUCGUACCACUAAUGAGUGUUUGCUGUCCUCGCUGGCGUCCCUCACCAACAGCUGCAGCAAGAUCACCACCUUCUUCAGCAACAAUCUGGAUUUCUUUGCCUCAUGUCCUGGUUACAGUCCACGAGGGUGUGGCGUGAACCCGCUGCAGGCCGACAGCAUGAUCGCUAACAAGAGACACGCUUCCAGAUACAUGAGCGUCAUCAGAAAGGAGAGAUCCGAGUCUGUCCCAUACAGAGAAGCUUUAUCGAACCGACACAUUCUCACCAGCUCUACAGAGAGCAGAGAGGGGCUCAUGCAGCAGGUGCUUCAGACUCAGGAGAAGAUCUCUCGUCUGGAGCAGGAGAAGGAGCACUGGUUGCUGGAGGCUCAGCUGGGGCAGGUGCGUUUGGAGAAGGAGAACCAGCGUAUCGCUCAACUGGAGGCUAAAGUGGCCUGGGCUGGGGAUGGAGGGCAGUCUCACAGCAGCGCUGAAAGCUCUGAUGCUGCACAAACAGACAGCACGGAGCUCAUCCAGGACACCAGUGUGGUGGGUAUGGUGACGAUCACGUCCUGCAGUGACAGCGCUGAUGAUCAGGAAUCACGUGAACGGCUGAUAAAAACACAUUACCUGAACCGCGUGUCCGAGCUCACCGCACAACUGCAGAUGUGUGACAGUAAAGCCGUCCACUUCUACGCUGAGUGUCGAGCUGUUGCCCGACGUCUCUCCAUUGCAGAAAAGUGUCGCGAGGCUUUGGCAGAGGAGCUGAAGCUUUCUAAUACCAACAUCACUCGCUUACAGGAUGAACUCAGCACCACAAAGAGAAGUUAUGAAGAUCAGCUGAGCAUGAUGAGCGAUCAUCUGUGCAGUAUGAACGACACGCUGAGCAAACAGAGAGAAGAGAUCGACACGCUCAAACUCAACUCAAAGGGAAACUCAAAGAAGAACAAAGGCCGAUAGUACAUUUGACAUCAGGGGCACACGACUGACGCAUCUGCAGCCUGUGUGUGUGCGCUUCACAUGAAAACAAUGUUGUGUAGUCUGUAAAAGUGAUUGUGUUCUGACCGAGUGAUGGAGUGUGUUUGUGGGAUUAUCAAAUUCCAGCAUUCAUGUUGUUUUGUUCCUCACACACACAAAUAAACACACUUGUGUCUGGAGAUGACGGAAAUCUGAUGUAAAACUGAUGGCCAGACAUGUGCCACCGGAGGAGGGAUGGGGAUGAUGUCAUAGAUCACACAAACAUGUUAUGAAAGGGAACAUAUCACUGAAAAUGACUUGAUCUUCAUUCAGCCUUGUGAUUAUUUUACAUCACUGUUAAAUCUCAUCCAGUCUGUUUUCUUUCUCAUCAUAAUGUACGAAGUACCAUUAAAAUCAAAGUGUAAU